CAUCAUGCAGCGGGUGAUGUCUGAGGAAAGAUGGCGGAAGGAGGAGCGGCUGAUCUGGAUACCCAGAGAGGAGAGGUCGCGGCACUGUUGAAAACACAGCUAAAAAAGGGAGACACUUGGUACCUGGUGGACAGUCACUGGUUCAAACAGUGGAAGAAAUAUGUGGGAUUUGACAGUUGGGACAAAUACCAGCUGGGUGACCAGAAUGUCUACCCAGGACCAGUUGAUAACUCCGGUCUUCUUAGAGAUGGGGAUGUGCUGGCCAUCAAGGAGCACCUCAUCGACGAGCUCGACUACAUCCUGGUCCCCACAGAGGGCUGGAAUAAGCUUGUCAGCUGGUAUGGACUGACAGAUAAUCAGGAGCCAAUUGCACGCAAGGUGGUGGAACAGGGUAUGUUUGUGAAGCACUGCAAGGUGGAGGUGUACCUGACGGAGUUGAAACUGUGUGAAGACGGCGACAUGGACAAUGUGAUCACCAGACGCUUCAGUAAAGCCGACACAAUAGACAUGAUCGAGAAGGAGAUGAGGAAGCUGUUCAGCAUCACUGAUGAGAAGGAGACCAGGAUGUGGAACCGCUACAUGAGCAACACCUUUGAACCUCUCAACAAACCCGACAGCACCAUUCAAGACGCCGGACUGUACCAAGGACAGGUUCUCGUAAUAGAGCAGAAGGCUGAGGACGGCUCUUGGCCCCGAGGCUCCAAGGCACCCAAGUCAUCUGGUGCUUCCAAUCUCUGUGCUUUGCCAAAGAUCUCGCCUUCAUCUCUCACAAACAAUCAUAACAGCAGCUUCAACAGCAGGAAUGUGAAGAAUUCAAGCUAUAGUCUACCAUCCUACCACCCAUACAGCAACAGCUAUGACUACACAGACCAGAGCCGGCAGAGUGAGCGCUCAGGCCUCUGUGGACUCUCCAACCUGGGCAACACCUGCUUCAUGAACUCUGCUGUGCAGUGUUUAAGCAAUAUCCCUCCACUGACGGAGUACUUCCUUAAGGACAAGUUCACAGAGGAGCUGAACGAGGACAACCCACUGGGCAUGAAGGGAGAGAUUGCCAAAGCCUACGCCGAGCUUAUCAAGCAGCUGUGGUCGGGCAAAUUCAGCUACGUCACCCCGAGGCCUUUCAAGACCCAGGUGGGCCGCUUCGCCCCGCAGUUCUCGGGCUACCAACAGCAGGACUCUCACGAGCUUCUGGCCUUCCUGCUGGACGGCCUCCACGAAGACUUGAACCGCAUCAGGAAGAAGCCCUACAUCCAGCUGAAGGACGCUAAUGGCAGGCCUGAUAAGGUGGUGGCGGAGGAGGCAUGGGAGAACCACAUCAAGAGAAACAACUCCAUCAUUGUGGACAUCUUCCACGGCCUGUUCAAAUCCACCCUGGUGUGUCCUGUGUGCUCCAAGGUCUCUGUGACCUUUGACCCUUUCUGCUACUUGACGCUGCCUCUGCCCAUGAGGAAGGAGCGGACACUGGAGGUCUAUCUGGUCAGACUGGACCCUCUGGCCAAACCCACACAGUACAAGCUGACUGUACCAAAGGUGGGAUCCAUCUCUGACCUGUGUAUCUCGCUUUCAAACCUGACGGAGGUGCCUGCUGAGAAGAUGAUUGUAACCGACAUCUACAACCACCGUUUCCAUCGGAUCUUCGCCACCAACGAGAACCUCAGCAGCAUCAUGGAAAGAGACGAUAUCUAUGUAUUCGAGUUGGCUGUGAACCGGGUGGAGGACACGGACCACGUGGUGAUCCCUGUUCACCUGAGGGAGAAGUUCAAACAGUCGGGCUACAACCACACCAGCACGCCUCUGUUCGGACAGCCCUUCCUGCUGGCCGUCCCCAGGACCCUCAGUGAGGACAAACUGUACAACAUGCUGCUGCUGCGCCUCUGCCGAUUUGUGCGAUCUUCAGUAGAGGAGGAAGAGGAGGAUUGUGAGGAGACGCAGCCGUCAAAACAACACGCUGUCAACGGCAACACCACUAACGGAGUUCUGGAGGAGGGGUCGCCCAGCGAGAUGGAGACCGACGAGCAGGACGACGAGUCGAGUCAGGAUCAGGAGCUGCCCUCCGAGAACGACAACAGCCAAUCAGAGGACUCGGUGGACAACGAGCUGGAGAACGGCGUGGUCGCUCCGCCAAACUCCACCAAGGCCCAGCAGACGGCGGGGAACAACAGGAAGAGACUAUUCACAUUCCAGUUCAACAACAUGGGAAAAACAGACUUCUCCCUCAUCAAGGAGGACACCCGGCAGAUCCGCUUCGACGAGGGACACCUCCGACUCAGCGACCGCUCUUAUCUCUCCUUGGACUGGGAUCCAGAGAUGAGGAAGAAGUACUUUGACGAGAGCGUCGUCGAGGACUUUGAAAAGCACGAGAGCAUGGAGUACAAGCCUCAGAAGAAGGCUUACUUCAAGCUGAAGGACUGCAUCGAACUUUUCACCACCAAGGAGAAACUGGGAGCAGAGGACCCAUGGUACUGUCCGGACUGUAAAGAGCACCAGCAGGCCACCAAGAAGCUGGACCUGUGGAGUCUGCCCCCGGUGCUGGUGGUCCAUCUGAAGCGCUUCUCCUACAGCCGCUACAUGAGGGACAAGCUGGACUCCCUGGUGGAUUUUCCUCUCAAGUACGCACACAACAGAGACCUGGACAUGUCAGAGUUCCUGAUCAACCCCAACUCCGGGCCCUGCCUCUACGACCUCAUCGCUGUGUCCAACCACUACGGAGGGAUGGGGGGAGGGCACUACACGGCUUACGGCAAGAACAAAGACGACGAGAAGUGGUACAACUUCGACGACAGCAGCGUGUCUCCUGCCAGCGAAGAUCAAAUAGUGUCCAAAGCAGGCUACGUGCUGUUCUACCAGCGGCAGGACACGGUGAAGGGCACCGGCUACUUCUCUCUCGACCGCGAGGUAGACGAGGAGGAGGAGGAGGAGGAAGAGGUAAACGAGGAAGAGGAGGAGGAGGAAGGAGAAGAUGAGGAAAAGGAAGGCGAGGAGAAGGAAGGCGAGGAGAGAAAGGCCGCCUCCUCCUCUCAGGUUGCCUCGUCCUCUGCCUCUGCCUCUGCCUCUGCCUCUGCCCCUGCCCCUCAGAACGACGAGGAGGACCUGAACGAGAACCGCCACAGGAAGAACGAUAACGAGCAGGGAAAUGGUGAGGAAGAGGAGGAGGAGGAGGAGAAGAAGCCGGCGCCAAAUCGAGACGUCACCAUGAAAACCAACUGAGGCAAACGAGGGACAAAAAUAAAUAGAGAGAGAGAGAGACUAGGAUCUUUCCAUCCAAAGCCAUAUGGACACACAGCAUGGCAGCGGGCGCCACCAGCGGCUCAGACUCCGCCCCCUCCACAGGCGGGGGGGGUGGGGCAGCUGUUCGGUCAGGGAGCUGCCGGGUUACGCAACUCUUAAGAAAUCAGGGCCCUCCUCUGUGGUCAGAUCACUGUGUGUGUGUGUGUGUGUGUAAAGUGUGUGUGAGUGUGACGCCACGUCCAUUCGUUUAAGGGUUAGCAGAAUAAGAGUCAGUGAGCGACAUGAGGGACGGACUCUUAAUCUGCUUUUUGUGUUAUUUUUAUAUCAUUUUUUUGAGAGCAAUGCAUUGUUGGCAUAUCAUUUUAUUAUCAUUUAGAUCAUGUAAAUAUUUUAAACACUGAAUUAUAUCGGGGUUUUUCACGAUGCGCUGACACGUUUUGAACUUGCACAAUCACCAACCAUCCAUGUUUCUUUUCUUUCUUUUUUUUUACACAUAUUAUCGCCAGACACGCUGCAGCUGUUUAACAACAACGCUGACUCACAGGAUCAUCUGCCUUCAGUGAUCCGGAAGGUGAGACGCGUGUACAGUGUGGACUUUAGGAACAUCGUUGUUUUUUUAAACGUGUCGAACAGCCACACUUUGUGCUGCUUUUGCUGCUACUGCUGUGCAUUUUAACACAGGUUACUUCUGCGUCGGCAUGAACUUAAGCAAAUUAAGGUCCUGCUUUUGUCUCCUUUAUAUAAUAAUGACAAGUUAUCCAAGAGACAGAUUUUUGCACAUUUGACCUGCGAAUAUGAAUCAGUAACAUACUGUCUCACUCUGUCUUAAGCACAGCAAGUGUCCGCUUCUAUUCUCCCGCUUUAAAUGUAUCCCCAGGUGUUGUUUUGAAGCUUUACCACGCCUCUGCUCUCUUCAUCUCGGAGGCGCUGUGAGAUUAGGAAACAUCAGUGGUUCCACUCACAUCAGAUGGAUCAUCUCUUGUUGGGAUCACCUCGGCCUUAACUCUUAAUCUCAGACCCGUCGCCUUUUUCUUUGCACAUCACCAUCCCCUCACACACCAACACUCGAAUGUCCGCUCCAUAACGUCAUCUCGCGCUGCUUCUUGAAACCCACAAGAGGGCCAGAAUGUAUGCUGAAUGAAAUAAUGAAAUGACCAGAUGUAAUGCAUUUGAUGCCUUUUUGAUUAUCUACAGGGCCAGAUAUGUCAUUUUUCUCUCUCUUGGUUUGGUUGAAUGUGAUCUCCUUUGAUAUUAGCUGUAUGAAAUCAUGGGUUCUGCUGAAUGCGUCCCUUUGCAGAGGGGGACACAAUGCUUCUCUGUGGUCCUGAGCUUUGAGGGAGAAAGGGAGGGGGACAAAUCUGAAAUCUGUGGGGUGAGUCUGCCUAAAAGGCCUCUGAGCUUCCGGGAUCGGUAAAGGCGGGAUAUUCCUCCAUCGAUGUGAUAAGCUAUUCUCCACGGUGGAGUGUUUUCUUUUUGUUGCUCCAGUGUAAACACCUGCUGUCGCCGCAGAAUAUCAGACGUGUGCCAGGCCUUUCUGAGCAUCUCCGUGCUUUUUGGACGACUCACCCCCCCAAUCCCAUCCUGACUGUGUGAGAUUCGAUCGCUAUUAUACAAUACUGUACAUAAGAGUUCACUCUGUGAGUGCACAUUUGAUAAAGUUUAUUUAUUUAUAUGUAAGCAUUUAAUAAUAAACAGACAAUAUAUCUAAAGCCUCGGAAAGACCUGAACUGUCGUUGGGGAACCGUGGCUCGUGUGUGUCCUCGCAUACACACCAGUUUGCAAAGUCUAGCCUGUGCUCUCGUCAGGGAGGGGAUAUUUUUAAGAAAAAGGAUGGUUCUGUUAUGGGACUGUUUUUUUGUAUGAAAAAGUAUCCAGACAACCUUGCAUGACGACAUAACGGGGUUUCCAGGUUUGGCUGCACUUGAGUUCACUUGGGUUUACAUUUGAAAUGUGCAUGUGUAUUUAUACACAAUCUUCAAUAAAGUUGUGUAAAGCUUCA